AGCGAUUGCUACCAUGGCUGGCUUGAGUCAGAAUUGAAUUUAAAAAGCCAGAAGGAAAUAAAAUGUCCUGAAAUGGGUUGCAAAGAGCUUCCGAAUCACGCGGAGAUGCAGCAAUAUGCCUCACCGGAAAGCUUUGCACGAUUCGAUGCCCUCUCAGUCCGUGAUGCGCUGACCGACGAUCCUAACUUCCGAUGGUGUCGCAAUCCUAAUUGCGACUCGGGCCAAAUAUUUGAACCCGACCACUCUAGUCAUAUAUUUUGGUGCAUAGCUUGUGGCUUUGAAUCCUGCAAUUUCCUUGGGGAAGGCGUACACGAAGGGGAGACUUGUAAAGAAUUUGAUCUCAGAACUAGGAUGGGGAAUAGGACGUCCCAAAAUGCACCACCACAUGAGCGGGCUGCCGCGAUUGCUCAAGCUGCAAAGAAAUGCCCCGGGAAAAUUGCCGCUGGAGUAUUGAAAAGCUUGAAGGCGACGAUCAUAUAACUUGCUCAAAGUGCAGGCAUGAGUUUUGUUGGAAUUGUCUCGCCAGCUAUCAAGCCAUCCGGGAUAAAGGCAGCUCAGAACAUGCCACAACUUGCGUCCACCACUCAAACCAGCGGCAUGUUAUUGAGAAUGACGAAGUCACAAAUCGGAAAGCUCAGGCAGAAGCUGGAACCAAAGAUACAGCCAAUAAAGCUACAAAAACCGCUGUAGAAAUUCAAGCAGAGAGACUAACAGAGAACAAUCACUAUGAAGCAGAUUCGAAGGAGCUGUGGGUUUACGAUUCGAACUUUCGAGACAACGAUUCCGUCUCGUCUUACCGUGGAAGUCAAGGUUUCUCCUCGUCUGCAUUGUCAUCCGCUACUUCUUUCGGACUUCACCUCCCGGCACUUACUGACCAAUUCGUAAGCGUGGUCUUGGAAGACGCCGGUAUGAAGUCACUGCUCUCCAGCGGGUUUGAUUUAAUGAGCAGAGAUCGAUUUGAGCGAAAUAUACGCCGUCUACUAAGGCGAUAUGCCCUCAAUCUUCUCAAAUCAGCAUCAAACGAGAUCCAGACUGGAGCUGCGAAGUACAUCAGAAACCAGAGUCGCCUGAUAGCUAAUCGUAUUCUAUACACGUUCAUACACCCGGAGUAUACGAAUUUCAGCACCAUAGAUGAACUACCUAUGUUGAGCGGUGUUCAGAAAUCCGAGCACUUCCUCGAGCAAGCAGUGCCAAUCGAGGACAUGGAGGAUCCUAGCUAACCUUCCAGGAAGCAGGCCUCGGACGGGUAUUCGUCUGAGUCUAGUAAUUCUAAUGAUGACACUCACCAAUCAGUCCAACUGAACCUCGACAUUCAGCCUCUCAAACAAGUUUUGAUAUACAGCGAUCAAUUCGAAAAGCUGAGGGACUCCGUAAUUCCGAUACAGCUAGCAACCGAGGAACUGAUGGAUUUGAGCUUCCCUGCGUCUCAAAGCGCCAUAGAUUGCGUCCACUGUACGCAACAGGGACAUCGGUGCCAUGGUU